AGCGGAGCCGGGGGCGGCGCAGCGCUGAGCCGGGUCGGAGCCGCCGCCGCUGCUCGGAAUGGGGCCGGCCCGGUUCCGAUGUGGGCGCGGUGAGGACGCGAGGAGCCGGAGUGGAGCGUUUCGGAGUUCUAGCUGAAGACCCUCUUGCUUUGAGAAGCAGAAUGACUGCUCAGUCUUGAGGAGGGAGCACAGAAGAUCUGCUGGCACGCUCUGCCCAAGGUGCGUGCUGAAGAUGGUGCAGAAAUACCAGUCCCCAGUUCGAGUCUACAAAUACCCUUUUGAGCUGGUCAUGGCGGCAUAUGAAAAGCGCUUUCCUACAUGUCCAGAGAUCCCAGUCUUCCUAGGAAGUGAAAUCCUGCAUGAAUCCAAAAGCGACGACGGAGCGAUCCAUAUCAUUGAACGGAGCUGCAAACUGAACGUGGAUGCUCCUCGGCUGCUAAAGAAAAUUGCAGGGGUAGAGUACGUGUUCUUCAUACAGAAAAAUACAGUCAACUGGAAGGAGCGAACUCUGCGCAUUGAAGCCCACAAUGAGACUUUUGCCAACCGUGUGGUCGUCCUUGAGACGUGCAGCUACUCAGUUCACCCAGAGAACGAAGAGUGGACGUGCUUUGAACAGUCUGCAUCUCUUGACAUCAAGUCAUUUUUUGGCUUUGAAAGCACGGUGGAAAAAAUUGCCAUGAAGCAAUACACGUCAAACAUCAAACGGGGCAAGGAAGUCAUUGAGCACUACCUGAAGGAGCUGAUCUCCCAAGGAAUCACGUUCAUCCCUCGUUGGACGCCUCCUGUGACACAUGGACAGAAGGCAGAGCAAGUCCCAGCCACCAGCCACGAAGCCAAUGAUGCACCACUGGAGUCUGGGGCUCACGGAGCUACCAAAGAGCAAACAGGCAGCUCCUGCCCCCCAGCAGAACCCAUCAGCCCUGAUGCUGACAAAUUGGAUGCUGAUUACAUUGAGCGAUAUCUGGGCCAGCUGACUCCAAUGCAAGAGAGCUGCUUGAUCCGACUUCGGCAGUGGCUUCAAGAAACUCACAAAGGCAAGAUCCCCAAAGAUGAACACAUCCUUCGAUUCCUGCGGGCUCGGGACUUCAACAUUGACAAAGCUCGGGAGAUGCUCUGCCAGUCCCUGUCCUGGAGAAAGCAGUACCAGGUGGAUUACAUCCUCCAGUCCUGGAGGCCCCCAGCCCUGCUGGAUGAGUAUUACACCGGAGGGUGGCAUUAUCAAGACAGAGAUGGGCGACCUCUCUACAUCCUCCGCCUUGGCCAGAUGGACACGAAAGGUUUGGUGAAAGCCCUGGGAGAAGAGUCACUGCUGCGACAUGUUCUGUCCAUUAACGAAGAAGGACAAAAGAGAUGUGAGGAGAAUACCAACCUCUUUGGGCGCCCCAUCACAUCCUGGACAUGUCUGGUGGACUUGGAAGGGCUGAAUAUGCGGCACCUCUGGCGGCCUGGAGUCAAGGCCCUGCUUCGUAUUAUUGAGGUUGUAGAGGACAACUACCCUGAAACUCUGGGGCGACUGCUGAUAGUGCGAGCACCCAGAGUUUUUCCUGUGCUUUGGACUCUGGUCAGUCCGUUUAUCAAUGAGAACACAAGGCAGAAGUUCCUUAUUUACAGCGGGAAUAACUACCAGGGUCCAGGAGGGCUGGUAGACUAUGUAGACAAAGAAGUGAUCCCAGACUUCCUAGGAGGAGAAUGCAUGUGUACUGUCCCAGAGGGUGGGCUCGUUCCCAAGUCACUUUAUCAAACAGAUGAAGAGCCAGAGAAUGCAGAUCACAUCCGGCUAUGGACAGAAACUAUCUACCAUUCUGCAAGUGUCCUCAGAGGAGCUCCACACGAGAUAGUAGUGGAGAUUUUGGAAGGGGAGUCUGUGAUCACCUGGGACUUUGACAUCCUGAAAGGAGAUGUGGUGUUCAGCCUCUUCCACUCAAAAAGAGCUCCGGCAACAGGUCAUAAAGAAGCCACGUUACCAGGUACCUCUGCUGGUGGGGACAACGUGCAACUGAUUGACAGGACGUGGGUCCUUGGUGUGGAUUACAGCCGCAUGGAAUCUCCUCUGGUUUGCAGGGAAGGAGAGAGCAUCCAGGGUUCUCAUGUGACUCGCUGGCCAGGCUUCUACAUUCUCCAGUGGAAGAUGCAUGGUCCCCUGCCCUGCUCUGGCACUACCCUCCCUCGGGUGGACGAUGUUCUCGCCUCUCUGCAAGUUUCCAGUCACAAGUGCAAGCUUAUAUACUACUACGAGGUGCUUGCAUCCAAGGACUUCAGGGGAUCUAUGUCAAGCCUGGAAUCUUGCAACAGUGGAUUUUCCCAGCUGAGCGGAGCCACAACAUCUUCCAGCCAGUCCCAGAGCAGCUCCCAUCUCUCCAGAUAGCAGGGCUGUGGCUGCACCACAAGGAAACAUUGCUCAGGGCUUCCUGGCCGCCCCGGAGCUGCUCAUGCACCAAACCAAAGAGCCUGCAGGGGCUGAGCCGUGGGGCAGGCGCUGUGUGAGCACAGACAGCAGCCACUGCACAGAGGCUUCUGUUCCCAGCAGGGGACUCAGUGCUGGAGCAGCAGCUGUUGUUUUCUAUCAGAUUCCUGCUGCUCAGUAGGAUAUUUCUUACAUUGUGUGUUUGGGCGAAUGUCAGUUUGCAUGAAUUUGUGUAUUACUCGACUCUCAAGGGCUCCUUCCAAUCAGUCCUUUUCCCCUCGCGCGGUAGAGGAGACUGAUGUUGCCUUAUCUGAUUGGUCUGUAGGACUAGAUUUAAUUCACCUGUAGCAAAAUGAAUCUCGUUUUCUGAGUGCCCAGGGUACCAAUUGCUCGUCGGAAGGUAAAGCGGGCAUUUCAGGUGCAAGGACUUGAAGCAAGCUGUAAAUACUUUAAUACAGAUAGGAUAUUUUAGAGAUUAGAUCCAGGUCAAACCUAAAAGCUCUUCCUAUCUGACAGGAUGCUAUUAGGAAAUGUGUUGGAUUGUUUUUAACCCACUGAGACACACAAAUGUUCUCUAGAAAGUAAAGGCAGAGAACCUGCCGCCAUGGGCAGCAUCUUUCCUAAAGAUACCUUUCCUUUUUCCUCAGGUUUACAAGCAAUAAUAGGUGGAUCUGACCCAUCUCAUCAGAGUAGGUGGGGAACGAAUCAAGUGAUAAAGGGCUACGAAAAGCAAUAUUUUAUCUCCUGAAGGCACAAAAUGCUCUGGCAGUAUUAUAGGAGUCUUUACAACAUGAGCUGACUUGAAAACUGUAGAGAGGGAGGACAAAAGAAAAAGCAUGUAUGUGUCUGAGCGCUUCCUGAAAUGUAUUUAUUCAAAUAAUGGCUUAUUUGAAGCUCACUUUUAACUUAUUUAUCAUUUGAGAAACGAGUAUUUAUUAAAUCCGAUUGCUUUUUAUUUUUGAGCAGGGUUUAUUUUGUUUUAGAAAGGAAUAACUGCUGGUUGGAGGAUGGGAUGCAUCUCCUCCUGAUCCUUGUGCAAAGGGUGUAUGCUGAGCACUGUGUGCCUAUGAGGUCCAGUUAGAGCCCAAAGCCUCACGGGCUCUGGAGGAAUUGCUUCCCAGGGCUAAGAAGUGUUGUAUAUAGGAGUUGUGAGUAUGUGGUGCUGGGCUUGGGGCAGAGUUGGAGCAGUUUGUGCUGGAGGUGUAGCUUCUUCCAGCGCAGCAACUCAGGUAUCCACGGCCACGUUUCUGAACAUGGUGGUCUGAGCAGACCAUCUUUCUUCGUCUCUCGUUGAGCUUUUCCUAAUGUCAAAGAACACGUGCAGGUGAGGAGAUGGCAUGCAUGGAUUAAUUCCUUCUGACCUUGUUUCUUUAAACCGGUGAUUUUUUGAAGCACAAAGAUGAAAAGAGCCCCAGUAAUUGGAACAAAAGAUGACAACGUGCCCAUGUGAGUUGCUUGGUGGUUUUAUUGUCCUUUUCUUAAGGAACAGAGCCAAGGCAAUGCCUCCCCCAGCUUACAUCACUAUGUGAGUGUGGAUCAGGUAACCCAGUUCUGCAGGUCCUGGGGUGGUUCUGACGUCCUGGAGUUCCCCAGCUGGGCUGCACACUUCCCCAUCUCCCCCAAAUGAAUUCUGUCUGUGUCUGGGAUUUCAGCAUGACUGGAGUCACACAGGGGGAAAAAGCACCAGAGAUUCAAGAGUCCUGGAAUUAAAAGUGCACGUGCGUAUCCUGAAUGAGGUCUCUGAUGAGCUGGGCAGAGGUGGAGGGCUGCUCCUGCAUUGCUGUGUGCUGAGCUGAGACCUCAGAUCAGUUGAGACCAAGUUCUGGGUUCUGUUCCCAAUGUCUCCUUGCAGAUCUUACAGGCCAGGACCUUGGAAGGGAGCUGGUGACGCAGCAGGGCCUUGCAGCUGGUUUUCAGGACUUGGGCCACAUUCAGGCAUCCAGCUGGGGGUUUAAUGAACUCCUCAGUUAAUGAGGACUUUCCCCUGUUUCAGAUGUUCCACAUACAAAACAUACUGCCUACCUCAAAGAGCUGUUGCCACGUUUAAUGUGUUUGAAGGGAAAUGGUCCUGUGGGUGAUUUGGCACACAGCACCGUGCUGUUGUUUACUACUAUGGCCAUACGUGUAACCUUUGUUCUUAGCAAUCCCUGCAGGUCCACCUCGUCCUGCUGCUCCCUGCUUCUGCCUCAGUGGGACUGAGCAUGGACACUGCACCACAGAGGGUGGAUGUCACAUCAGAGCAGCCAUAAUGUGACCGAGCCACUUGGGUGAAACGUUUUGGGGUAGAAAAGGGCUUUUUAAUGGCUGUAGACAGAAUAGAUUGACCCCUGAUUUCACUAAAUAGCUGAAACGCUGUUGACUUCUCCAUUCUUUGGUCAGCUCUUUGUUGUAUCAGCUCUGGGCAGCAGCGCCAGCUCUUCUUUCUUACCUGAUGUGCUCCCAUUGGGAGCCAAGUCAAGCAAGGAGCUGGGCUAUUCCAUCCUAAGGCCUAACACUGACCUGUGUCCAUCAGGUUCCUGCAUGCUGUUGGCUUUCAUGUUUUCUAGCUUGUUUGUAAUGGUGAUUCUUAUGAGUAACUAUUUCUCUUCUGGAAGGCUAAAUUGGUAUCGUGUGAUGUGUGUUGGCUUUUAAUGACAUCAACAUCCACUUCCAAGCGAUCAGCUACACAUAAACUAAAUGGGCAUUAUUAUUAUUAUUAGAAAGUUGUGUUACUUUCUGUCCCUCGCAGCUGUCUGGUUUUAUUCACUGGGGUCCUGAUUUCUCUCAGCCAAAAAAGGAGGAAGGAAAAGAACCGAGGAGCUUCUCUUGAAGAGCACAGCAGCAAAAGGCCGGGUGCUCCACGCCACGUUACGUGACAACAAAUCCAAUGCUUAAAACCUACUCAGUUAUAACAUUUAUGAGAUUAAAACAAUGCAGUAUUUGUAAAAGCUGGACAUUUCUAUACAUUGGGAAUAAACCUCUCUGAAGUACA